AGUACUUUGACGGAUUGAUUAUUAACAUAUUUUUAUAAUUAAAAAAAGUGUAAAUUUAUCCUACAAAAAGGAUUCAGAAGUCUUUAUAAACGUUUUUAAAUAUUUUAAUUAUACUAAGAAUUAAUCGUUUUAAAAAUGUUAGUUUUAGUUUUGGGAGAUUUACAUAUACCACAUCGAUGUAGCAGUUUACCGGCAAAGUUUAAGAAAUUACUUGUUCCUGGAAGGAUACAACAUAUAUUAUGUACAGGAAAUCUAUGUACCAAAGAAUCCUAUGAUUAUUUAAAGACAUUAGCAAGCGAUGUUCAUGUUGUUAGAGGAGAUUUCGAUGAGAAUUUAAAUUAUCCUGAACAGAAAGUGGUUACUGUUGGCCAAUUUCGGAUAGGUUUAACACAUGGACAUCAAGUUGUACCUUGGGGUGAUCCAGACGCGUUAGCACUUGUACAAAGACAAUUAGAUGUUGAUAUUUUAAUAUCUGGCCAUACACAUAAGUUUGAAGCGUAUGAACAUGAAAAUAAAUUUUAUAUUAAUCCAGGAUCAGCUACUGGUGCUUAUAAUCCUUUAGAUACAACAAUCAUUCCAUCUUUCGUUUUAAUGGAUAUCCAAAGUACAACAGUCGUAACGUACGUGUACCAAUUGGUCGGUGACGAAGUGAAAGUAGAACGAAUUGAAUAUAAAAAAAGUUAGACAGAAAUAGUUUUAUUUAAUAUAUCGCUUAUUUCUUCAGUUGAGAUUUUUUUAAACGAUUAAAGUUUUUUUUUAAUCGGACCAGAAACGACGAAUGAUUACGGUUAAUGUAAAAAAAAAAUUAUACAUAUAUAUAAAAUUUAUU